AUGUUGGCGGUGACGAAGAAUCUAGCGGAGCUCUGCACUCUGAUUAUUGAUGAUAUUCAUGGGGAGCUUCCUUCGCGAAUCUUUGCGGCCCUGAUCAACCAUGGACGGGCCAGCGUGGCGCAGCUGGCGCAUCACACGUCUUUGACUCCACGGCAGCUUCGACACGGGCUCGCAGUCCUGCUGCAGUACGACCUGCUCUACUUCCAGGUCAACGCGGCUGACGGCACGACCAUGUACGAUGCCAACCCGGAGGCUGCCUACAACGUGAUGCGGUCGGGCAAGGUGCUGGAGAUGGUGGAGAGCCUGUACGGGAUGGAGGCCAAGGACGUGGUGCAGAACCUGCUGGCGCUGGGCCACACGCGGAUUGCCGACCUGAAGGACGCGUACACGGCCAAGAUUGUACGGUGGGAGGCAUCGCUGCGAGAGAGCAACGGGGUUGACAAGACAAACGGUGAUCAUGCGGCGGAGGGACAAGCUCAAGGCGGGCCACACGAGGGCACGGCGAUCCGGUCGAUGAACCACUUGAACGCGGUGAUCUCGCAGCUGAUCCUGGCGGAGGUGGUGGAGGUAGUCAGCCCUGCGAGCUUUGAUAGUUUCCCGGACCGGCUGACGCAGGCGAGAGAAUACGUGACGCGCAAGUACUUUCCGGAAGAGAUCCGGGGGAAGAAAAAGGACGAGUUCGAGAUGCGUCUGGCAGAGCACCUGCAAGCGCUCCGGGACGAGCCGCGCAAGCUGAAGCGGACGCUGCAGAUGAACGGCGGCGGGCGGCAGAAGCUGCGGAAGCUGAUGAAUGGCAGCGACGUGGCCAACGGGCACGACGGAGACCAAGAUACUCCGCUCGAUGCCAAAACGAUCCUCCGGGUGAACCACGAGCGAUGUGCAGUGCUGCUGCGCAACCAGCGACUGGUGCAGGCAGCAUCGGCGGCGGUGGGCGAGACGACAGCGCAGGUGUACGCGGUGCUGCUGCGACAGCUGACCGAGACGAUCCCGCGGUGCCGUGCAAACCCGAUGAUGGACGCGGCAGGCAGCGAGUUUCUGCGGCCGCGCGCGAUCCAGACGUGGGACGUGUUCGACCACCUGAGCCCGUCGCUAGACGUGUUCACGGGGAUCGGCAAGGUGGCAGGACACGAGAUCGACGUGCCGACAGCCGAGCGGCUGGAGCGACAUGCCAAGGUGGACGCGUUCAUAGCGGGCGACGAUGGCGACGGCAGCGGUGCAGACGAGGAUGACAUGGACGAGGAGGACUACGACUCGGAGGGCGAGGUGCAUCUAACGCCAGUGAUCCGACAGGCAGCAGCGAUCAAUGGAGAGAGCAACGGCCACGGCCACAGCAACGGCCACAGCAACGGCCACAGCAACGGCAACAGCAACGGCAACGAAGCCGAGCACAACACGCCACGAGUCAAGUUUGCCGAGGGCGUGGCAGCAGCAGCGCCGUCGGCCGCGGCGAGCCAAGAGACGCGGCUGCAGCAGAUGCGACAGCACCUAUUGCUGCUGUGCGACGACCGGCUCAAGCUGCUGCGACACUGCGAGCGCGGGCAGUGGACGGUAGACUUUGUGCCGCUGUUGCGACGGCUGCGCGAGGCCGAGCUGGACGACGCGAUUGAGCGGCAGACGGGACGGCAGGGACUGCGGCUGGCGCGGAUUCUGCGCGACAAGGGCAAGCUGGACGAGAAGACGCUGCCGGGGCUGGCGCUGAUGAAGAAGAGCGAGGUGCAGCACAAGAUGUUGGAGCUGCAGGCACACGGCUUUGUCGACGUGCAGGAGGUCCCGCGCGACAACAACCGGUCGGCCAGCCGGACGGUGUUUCUCUGGUACUGCGACGUGGCCCGCGCCGAGGACAUGCUGCUGGACCACGCCUACAAGGCCAUGGCGCGCUGUCUGCGUGUCCGUGACGUCCAUCGCCAGGCCAGCCGCGAGGUGCUCGCGUUUGUCGAGCGGCCCGACGUCAAGGGUCGCGAGCGUGAGGCCCUGGAGAAAAAGUACUUUGACCGGUAUCAGCGCUACUGCGACGUCGAGCAGAAGCUGAUCGGACAGGUCAUGCGGCUGGACAGCCUGGUGGCGACGUUGCGGGAUUUUUGA